UAAACAUGGCGGUGUUGUGGAAAACAGUGUGAGUAAAUUGUGCUAGCUGACAGAAGUUUUUGCUGGUUGAUACCGACUACAACUGUUACAAAAACGGCUGGAAUGUGCAACAACUUGGACUGAAUCUUUCGACACUUGUUCAAUUAUCUUGCAAGUUGCACUGGGUUGUAGGACUCAUCCACAGCACACUCGGAGUUUACACACGCCGCUAGGGUCGAGUUGAUGUGAAUAGCGUCCACAAUGCCAGAGGGUCCUGAGCUGCAUCUGGCCAGUGUGUUUGUGAACACGGUUUGUGCAGGUGUGGUGUUCACCGGCGCUGUGGAGAAGUCUGAGGUGAGUAAAGGACCCGAGGUGCCGUUUGCCAGCGAUGCUUACCGAAUCAGUGCCAUGGCCAGAGGAAAAGAAGUGCGACUCACACUCACCCCGGUCAAGACUGACACACGGAGGGAAGGGAAAUCAGGACUGGACCACGCGCCUGCGCAUGUCGUCUUCCGGUUCGGGAUGUCAGGCUAUUUCCGCUUCACCGCGGCAUCAGAACUCCCCAAACAUUCCCAUCUGCGAUUUUACACCAGCGAGGCUCCUCAGAGAGUGCUGAGCUUCGUUGAUGCCCGCAGGUUUGGCAGCUGGGAGCCCAAUGGAAACUGGCAGAAAGACCGAGGCCCCUGUGUCAUGUUUGAGUAUAAGAGCUUCAGGGAGAAUGUUUUGUCCAAUUUAUCAGACAAGGCAUUCGACAGGCCGGUCUGUGAGGCUCUCUUAAAUCAGAAAUACUUCAACGGGAUUGGCAACUACCUCAGAGCAGAGAUUCUGUACAGAUUAAAGGUUCCUCCCUUUGUGAAGGCAAGGACUGUGUUAGAAGGACUCAAACCAAAACAUGAAGAGACAGUGAAGGUUAAAGAGGAGCCAAGUACAGAGGCAGCAGAGAAAGCUGGUGUGGAUGAGAAGAAAACAGAGAGUCCAGACCUCCUCUCUCUCUGUCACACUGUACCACUGGAAGUGGUUAAUCUAGGUGGAAAAGGUUAUGACCCAGAGAAGAAAGAUGACACAGAAUUUAUUUCCUGGCUGCAGUGUUACUCUGUCGAUGGGAUGAAAUCUGUAACAGACCACAAUGGAAGAACUGUGUGGUUUAAAGGUGAUCCUGGUCCAAUGGCUCCUAAAGCUUCCAAAUCUCCCAAAGCAAAGAGAAAAAUCAAGAAAGAGGUCUAUACAGAUAAAAAGGUAAAGCUUGUAAAGAAGGAACCAGGGGCUGGAAAAAGGGAGAUGGAUGUGCGUAAGAAACAGAGUGGAACCAGACGACAGAACACCAAAAAAACUGGACUAAAAGCAGAAGCAGCUGACAACAACAGAAGACCAAAGACGUGCAGAAAGAGCAGUUUAACAGGUCUCCGGCAAACCAGAGCUAAGAGCUCAAGAACAAGUGUACAGAAAGCUAAAACUAAUGCUAAGGCCACCAGCAGACCCCACAGGAAGCGCAGCAGAACCGCUUAAGUGCAGUUUGUAAAAUAAAACGUUUGGCUGCUGGAUCAAGAGGCAGCUGUCUGUAUGUAUGCAAAUACUAAGCUGUUGAGGGCAACUAAUAAGCAAAUCUAGCCAUGCAGAUGUGGUUCACAUUCACUAUUGCUUGGGAUGGUAAUUACCGUAUAUAUAUAUAUAUAUAAAUAAUUUUUUUUACACUUAUGUUUUUCCUUUCAUGAAAAACAUUUUUAAAGCCUGUCUUGGCAUGACUGGUUUUUGUCCAUAAUUGUUCUAUGAUGGUGUGAUACAUGCACUGAAGACCCUGUGUUAGCAUUCUUAAUUAUUCUAACUUCCGUUUGAAGAACUAAGUAAGAAAUGGGCUGAGAUGUUUGUUUUUUUUUAAAUCUAGUUAUAACUGGAAAAGGAUGUUUUGGGUCCAUUUAAUUUAGGCACUUGAGUUCUUCCACACGAACAUCGGCAAACCAUGCCUUUGUGGACCUUGCUUUGUGCACAGGGGCAUUGUCAUGUUGGAACAAGUUUGGGCUAGGCCAGGUUAGUUUAGUGAUGAGAAAUUGCAAUGCUAUGGCAUACAAAGACACACUAUAUAAGACAUUUAUCUACUAUAAUGUGUGCUUGCAACUUUGUGACAACAGUUUGAGGAAGAACCACAUAUGGGUGUGAUUGUCAGGUGUAGUAAUAUUUUUUUGCCAGAUGAUAUCUUUAGGUAUUUGAAAAACAAAACCACGACAAGCUAUUAAUAUUGCAUAGCUGACUUUAUUACUAAAGUUCUUUACAUUUUCAAGAAAUUAUAAAAUUGUGAAAUUAAAAAAAAAAAAAAAGUUAUUUGUACCAAAUAUGUAAAUAUCAAGGCUCAUGUGCCGACCGGUUUAGCUCAGUGUAGCUGCAACAGGAGUGAGAUGAUCUGAAAUGGUUUAAAAGUGAGGGAAAUCUCAGAGUCCUUCACUGCAGCAGGACAACCAGGGCGCUCCAGCAAGUCACAACUGGUCAAAAAGAGGAGAAAUGUUUUAUAUGUAGUAACAGAAUACACCAGAAUACGUUUUGUUAUUAGAACCUAUAUAAGAAAUUGCUCGAGAGAUCUUCCAGGGACUAAAUUCUUAAGUAAAACAAGGUUAAAAGAGUACUGAUUUAAGCAGCCUACUUAAUUAACAGACUACUCUGGAGCCAGGUUUCUCAAAUCUCAAAGAUUUUUCAACUUGGGCCCUAUUUUCCCCAUUUUUUUGGGUCCAAAUAUUUACUAGGGACAAAAAUGAUUGAAAUCGGUCCAGUAUUUGUUAGAACGCUAUAACAGGCAACCACAAAACAGCAGUGUAAUACCAUGCGGAAAUCAUCUGCAUCAAAGUAAACCACUUGUUUUCACAACUGACAGAUUUAUAAAUGUUAUUACAAGUAUGUUUGUCUGUGACUGUUUACCUCAAUGACUGUAAAAAAUUAAAAAUAAAAAAAAAACCUGUAGAAAAUGACAUAUUUACAAAAGGAGAAGUCAUGCAGAGUUUAUGAAGAAGUCUAUGAAUGCCUGAAUAUUUAGCUGAUUUUGACAAUAUGAAUGAGUGUCUGACAACAUGAAAAGUAUCCCUUUUGUAAACAUCAGGAAACAGCCCCCAUGCGAUAAUCGACUGCAGGCACUAAAUGGAGACCAGAAGAAGAGAAAGGUAAAACAUUGGGUGUAGAAACAGUAAUUUUCUACAGCUUUUUUUUUUUUUUUUUACAGUUAUUGAGGUAAACAGACACAGAUGUAUCUCUCUAAGGAUCCUUUUCCAUGUUGUCAGACACUUAGAAUAACAUGAUAAACCUGUCAGUGGGUAAAACAAGCAGUUUGCUUUGAUGCGGAUGAUUUCCCUGGAGGAUUACACUGUUUAGCUGUUUUGCAGUUGCCGGUUCUAACUGAACAUUGGGCUGAUUUCAAUCGUAUUUGUCCCUAAUAAAUAUGUGGCGCCAAAAGAGAUGGGAACAUAGGGCUCAGUUUAAAAAUCCCAGAAUUUUCCAUUAACUGGAAAAUAGUGAUACUUUUUUUUAACAGUUAAAGGGGCCCUUAAACUGUAAGAUGUUUGAGAACCCCUACUCUAGAGUAAUAUGGCUUUGUAGCUGGUAAGGGAGAUAUGUCUGUGAAGAUUCUCAAUCAUCCAGGUCAUAGUAAACUGUGGGUGGUAAAAGAGAGCAACUGGACUUGCUUGAAGAUUCUUGAAGACGUUUCACCUCUCAUCUGAAAGGCUUCUCCAGUUUUGUCUGACUAAUAGGGAGUAUCAGGUAUUUAUCAUCCUUGAGAGGAUACCACAGUUUGGUAAGGGAACAUCAAAUAAAUUAUGACAAUGUACAGUUGCAGUCAGAAGUUUACAUUUCCAGACAUAAGCAUCAUUAUGGACAUGAAUGUUGAUUUUAGAAAACUGGGAAAAAAAACUUGUGCACUAAUUUUUUUUUUAAUUAAAGGUGUAUGUUGUGCAAUCAUUCUGCCACAGAAAACAAAUAGUUCAAAGAAAUCACUGAAACCCCAAAAGUGCCACAACAUUCAUGUUCAUGAUGAUAUUUAUGUCCCUGUAUGUAAAUUUAUGUCCACAAACUGUGGCAUUUUUUGCUGAUGUGUUCCCAGUAUUUUUAUAAGUCUGUCAUAAAAUCUUUCAAACAA